AUGUCUCCAGCUCGCAGAGCACUUAUGUCGAGCAUGGCGAAUGCGAUGUCGAUGAGGCACGGACUCUCGCUAUGGUGUCCCCAGUCAACUCCGGUGAAUCGAGUUUCUCGGCCUUCUUCAGUCGCUACCACGAGCUUCCGAAGGAGAUUCUCCGUUUCGGCUUCAUCUUUCGCCAAUGAAAAUCGAGAGUUUGUGAUAGUUGGAGGUGGAAACGCAGCUGGUUAUGCAGCUCGUACUUUUGUGGAGCAUGGUAUGGCUGAUGGGAAACUUUGCAUUGUCUCUAAAGAGCCAUAUGCUCCUUAUGAGCGGCCUGCAUUGACGAAAGGAUAUCUAUUCCCUCUGGAUAAAAAACCAGCACGAUUACCGGGCUUCCAUACUUGUGUUGGCUCUGGUGGGGAAAGACAGACUCCUGAAUGGUAUAAGGAGAAAGGGAUAGAGAUGUUGCAUGAAGAUCCUGUUGCAGCCAUCAAUACUGAGAAGCAAACCUUGAUAACAGAUUCAGGAAAAUUGCUGAAGUAUGGAUCACUAAUAAUUGCUACUGGAUGUACUGCGUCGAGGUUUCCAGAUAAAAUUGGAGGUAAUUUGUUGGGAGUUCAUUAUGUUCGAGAUGUUGCAGAUGCUAAUUCCCUGAUAUCAUCACUGGAGAAGGCAAAGAAAGUUGUGGUUGUUGGUGGUGGCUAUAUAGGCAUGGAAGUUGCUGCAGCAGCUGUUGGUUGGAAAGUUGACACAACUAUUAUUUUUCCAGAAGACCAUCUGAUGACAAGAUUGUUUACACCUUCUCUGGCACAAAAGUACGAACAGUUAUACCAAGAUUAUGGUGUCAAAUUUCUUAAGGGUGCUUCAAUAAAGAACUUAGAAGCUGGUUCAGAUGGUCAUGUAGUUGGUGUCAAACUCGAGAAUGGUUGUACCAUUGAAGCAGACACGGUUGUUAUUGGUAUUGGAGCUAAGCCAGCUACUGGCCCCUUUGAAACGGUUGGUCUAAAUAAAACUAUGGGCGGAAUACAGGUUGAUGGACUAUUCAGAACAAGCAUACCCGGAAUUUUCGCAAUUGGUGAUGUUGCAGCUUUUCCAUUAAAGAUUUACAACCGAAUAGCACGAGUUGAACAUGUUGAUCAUGCCCGUAGGUCGGCGCAGCACUGUGUUAAGUCACUACUGACUGCACACACUGAUACGUAUGACUACCUCCCAUACUUCUACUCUAGAGUAUUUGAAUAUGAAGGGAGCCCGAGGAAAGUAUGGUGGCAGUUUUUCGGAGACAACGUUGGGGAAACCAUUGAAAUUGGGAAUUUUGAUCCAAAAGUUGCCACGUUCUGGAUAGACUCUGGGAAGCUGAAAGGAGUUUUUCUUGAAGGUGGAAGCCCAGAGGAGUUCCAACUUCUUCCUCAACUUGCACGGAGCCAACCUUCCGUUGAUAAAACCAAGCUUCAGAAAGCAUCUUCAGUUGAGGAGGCAUUAGAAAUUGCCCAAGAGUCGUUAAGGGAUUGA